AUGGAGGUCCCAGCGGGGGUCAUCAACACCGAGCCCGGCUGGUUUGUCUCCUCUCAGGGGCCCGAAGAGGCGGAGGCGGAAGAGUCUAGCCCGUUGCUUAGCAACGGAGUUCACACACAGAGAUCCCGAGGUGCUUCAUUUGGUUUCUCAGUGUUUAAUUUGAUGAAUGCCAUCAUGGGAAGUGGCAUCCUUGGCUUAGCUUAUGUUAUGGCUCAUACUGGUAUCCUUGGAUUUAGUUUCUUGCUGCUGAUAGUCUCUCUCCUGGCUUCUUAUUCAGUUCAUCUCCUGCUUAGCUUGUGUAUUCAGACAGCUGUGACAUCUUAUGAAGAUCUUGGACUCUUUGCAUUUGGAUUACCUGGAAAGGUGAUGGUGGCAAGCACCAUAAUAAUUCAGAACAUUGGAGCAAUGUCAUCUUAUCUUUUAAUCAUUAAAACAGAACUUCCUGCUACUAUUUCAGAAUUUUUAUCUGGAGACUACAGUGGGUCUUGGUAUCUUGAUGGAGACACACUACUAAUAAUCAUUUGUGUUGGCAUUGUGUUCCCUCUUGCACUUCUUCCUAAAAUAGGCUUUCUUGGCUACACAAGUAGUUUAUCAUUUUUCUUUAUGGUGUUCUUUGCUCUUGUGGUAAUAAUUAAAAAAUGGUCCAUCCCUUGUCCUCUGACAUUUAAUUAUGUAGAACAGUAUUUCCAGAUUUCAAAUGCUACAGAUGAUUGUAAACCAAAGCUCUUUCAUUUCUCCAAAGAGAGUGCUUAUGCCAUACCAACCAUGGCUUUUUCAUUUCUAUGCCACACCUCAAUACUGCCCAUAUACUGUGAACUUCAAAGCCCUUCUAAGAAAAGGAUGCAGAAUGUAACCAAUACAGCAAUUGCUUUAAGUUUUCUCAUUUAUUUUGUAUCUGCACUCUUUGGGUACCUCACUUUUUAUGACAAUGUGGCGUCAGAAUUACUGCAAGGUUACAGUAAAUACUUGCCACAUGAUGUUGUCAUCAUGACUGUGAAGUUAUGCAUACUAUUUUCUGUGCUUUUGACAGUCCCUCUAAUCCACUUCCCUGCAAGGAAAGCUUUAAUGAUGAUGUUUUUUUCCAAUUUUCCAUUCUCAUGGAUUCGCCAUUCUUUGAUCACUCUAGCUCUCAAUAUUAUCAUUGUUUUACUGGCAAUAUAUGUUCCUGACAUUAGGAAUGUAUUUGGUAUAGUUGGUUCCAGUACAUCAACGUGUUUGAUUUUUGUGUUCCCAGGACUGUUUUAUCUUAAAAUGAGCAGAGAGGAUUUUCUCUCAUGGAAAAAGUUGGGGGCAUUUGUUUUGCUCAUCUUUGGUAUUUUGGUUGGUAAUUUUAGUUUAGCACUCAUUAUUUUUAAUUGGAUUAAUAAAUGA